AUGGAUUCUUUGUCAUCAGUAUCGACAUCUAUAGUACUCCCUCCCACCACUCCCCUCCACAGCCGCCAUCACCAUCGGCGGCGGCAAAUUGCUCUUUCGUCUGAAUACAUCAAUCCAAUUAAUAACCUUCGUAUUUCUUCUCCCUUAUACUCUUGUAAAAGAAGGCAAAGAGUAGAAAUUUACUGUAAAUUGAGCGGCGGAGGAGACGAGAAAAAGGACGAAAAUGAUCCGAGAGAUGAGGAAAUGGAGAGGGCGCUGCACAUGGACGGUACAAUUCCCGGGAGUUCCAACGAGUUUGUUAAGCAGGUGUCUUCACGCGCUUACGACAUGCGUAGACACCUUCACCAGACGUUUGAUAGCAGUAGCUACGACGGUAAAUUCUCUUCAGAUUCUUGA